GCCCAUGCCAUGGCAAGAAGGCCGUAUGUAUUAACACAUUCGGGGGAAAUUUCAAAUGUCUUUGCGAGCCGGGAAAGGAAGGAGAUCGGUGUGACCAAGGUUCCCACUGCUUCCCUUGCUUCAGUGUACGAUGGAGAAACGUAACGUGCUCCGUUUACGACGACGCUCAGUUCAUGCGAUCAAUGCGCUUAAAGGCCACUGUGGUUGACAGGCAGAUGUCCAGAACAAAGUGUACUGAGGACAAAUGGGGCUUUGAUCAAAACACGGGAGAUAUGUGGGUGGCUCGUGGAUGUAGAGCAAGGUUCUGUGUAGACUUUGAAGCAAAGCCAAUGAUGCGUUGAGGCUAUCCAGAUGGCU